AUGCGAGCGGACGGGCUCCAGCUGCACCACGACAUCAUGGCCGCCGGCGCCUUCGCCCCAGAGAGGGGACACGCCGGGUUCCCCCCUCCGGCGGCCACGGCGAAGCGGCCGGCGCGGGCGCUGUCGAGGAGAGGGAGCGUGAGGAGCGACGGUGGGGGAGACGGCGGCGGGGGGAGCUACCUGGGUGCGGAGGCGGCGGCGCUGCUGGCGUGCGUGACGGCGACGCUGCUGGUGCUGCCGCUGCUCCUGCCCCCGCUUCCCCCGCCGCCGCUGCUCUUCCUUCUCGUGCCCGUCGCCAUCUUCGCCGUCCUGCUCAUGCUCGUUCUCCUGCCGUCCGACGCGCGGGGCGUCGCCGCCGUCGGCCUUGGCGUCGGGCCCUCCUCGUCCUCCUCCUCCUACUACUUGUAG